CAAACACAAGCACGCACACACCACUGGGAGAUCAGAACUUCUAGCUGGCUCUCGGCUGCCACAGCUCCACCGAAGGGUGGGGGGAAUCGGAGGGAGCCUUGCCGGAGACCCAGAGCUGAGAGGAGAGGCAGGUGGUGCAGGUGCGUCACCUGGAUCAUGAGGUCAUCCCUCUGCUGGCUCCUCCCACUUCUCCUCAUCUUGGCCUCAGAGGCCCAAGGCCAGCCAACAAGACGACCAAGACCCAGACCAAGGCCCCGGCCCAGACCCAGACUCAGGCCUACACCCAGCUUUCCUCAGCCCGAUGAGCCAGCGGAGCCUACAGACCUGCCUCCUCCCCUCCCACCAGGCCCUCCGUCUAUCUUUCCCGACUGUCCCCGGGAGUGCUAUUGCCCCCCUGAUUUCCCCUCUGCGCUCUAUUGUGACAGCCGCAACCUUCGAAAGGUCCCUGUCAUCCCACCCCGCAUCCAUUACCUCUAUCUCCAGAACAACUUCAUAACUGAGCUCCCAGUGGAGUCCUUCAAAAAUGCCACCGGCCUGAGGUGGAUCAACCUGGACAACAACCGGAUUCGCAAGGUGGACCAGAAGGUGCUAGAGAAACUACCCAGCCUGGUGUUCCUCUACAUGGAAAAGAACCAACUUGAAGAGGUACCCUCGGCCCUGCCCCGGAACCUGGAGCAGCUGAGGCUAAGCCAGAACCACAUCUCCAAGAUCCCGCCCGGCGUCUUCAGCAAGCUGGAGAACCUGCUGCUGCUGGAUCUGCAACACAACAGGCUCAGCGACAACGUCUUCAAGCCCGACACUUUCCAGGGCCUUAAGAACCUCAUGCAGCUCAAUCUGGCCCACAACAUCUUGAGAAAGAUGCCACCCAAGGUCCCCACGGCCAUUCACCAGCUCUACCUGGACAGCAACAAAAUCGAGACCAUCCCUAAUGGCUACUUCAGGGGCUUUCCCAACCUGGCCUUCAUUCGCCUCAACUACAACAAGCUCUCAGACAAGGGCCUCCCCAAGAAUUCCUUUAACAUCUCCAACCUGCUCGUGCUCCACCUGUCGCACAACAAGAUCAGCAACGUGCCUGCCAUCAACAACAGGCUGGAGCACCUGUAUCUUAACAACAACAGCAUCGAGAAAAUCAACGGGACCCAGAUUUGCCCCAACAAUAUAGUUGCCUUCCACGACUUCUCCUCAGACCUGGAGGAUGUGCCACACCUCCGCUACCUGCGGCUGGAUGGAAACUACCUGAAGCCACCCAUCCCACUGGACCUCAUGAUGUGCUUCCGCCUGCUGCAGUCCGUGGUCAUCUAGGCCUUACUCUGCCCCUGGAGCUCCUCUGGCCGCACCUGAAUGCAGUGGCCCAGGCGCUCGUGCCCACCAUUUGUUUUCUCUGUCUCCUUUCCUUGCUCCCAGCUUUGCCUUUCUUAUCCCACCUUCCUGAGGCAGGGAAAAGCCACAUACUCUGCUGCCCCUGCAGCUUCUAGAGCAAGACUUCCAGAGCCUUGAUAUGGUCCACCCAGCUCAAAGACACCCACUGCACACCAAAACUUCUGGUCCCAGAAGACUUCAUAUUCUCCUCUCUCUCCUCCUCCCCUCAUCACUCCUGGGUAAGUCUGGGCCAUGGACUGACAUCUGGAUCUCGUCCUGGCCAAAGCAAGCAGAAGAUGGUCAGGGGCAGCCUAGAGGUGAGGUUUGGGAAGUCCUGCUGGAAAGUCCUCCAUUGUGGGCAGCUCUGGCCCAAAGAGGCUGAGAAACCCAGGUCUCCUUGGCCAAGUAUCCUAUCUUCUAAAACUGCUGCUCCACCACCCCAUUCACUGGCACCAGACAUUGCACCAGUUCUCUGCCAGCCUGUGUUCUCUGGAAAGGAGGUGCGAGGGAGCGCUGAGGGAGGGAAGAGGGUCAAAGAUUCACACAAGGGCCUGCAUCCGGCUGUCUCCUCAUCGGGAUGAGAUGGGGCCCUCCUUCUCAGCACACAGCCUCUUGGCCGGGCCUCUCUGUUCUAAGAGUAAGAGCAGGGAGGAACAUUCCGGAAGAAGAAUGGCUCAAUAAAAACUAGGAAUCAGCCAGUGGGAGAGGGGUAGGAGUCAGAGCUCCAGGAUGGGCCCGUGUGGGUGCAGAUGGGUCCUUCUGCCCCCUUGGCCGCUCUGGACAAGAGGCCGGAUGUCCUGGGGAGCACAGCAUCCACAGGUGAGGGUACAGAGCCACCAACCCCGCCUCACCAUCUAUUCUAUCAGUGAGGAUGGCCCAAUCCUUUCCAUCCCAGGGAGCAGUUCCUAAGAAACUGCUCAAGAAGGGGCGGAGCACCUGGAAAUCUCCCAGAAGCCUCUUCCACGCGUGUGGUGUCUUCCCCUUCUAAGACAGACACAGCAGUGACACCUAGUGGCUGAUGCUGGCCACAGCUGGCUCCCGUGCUCCUCUUCAUCUCUCCGGUGUGAUGUUCCAAGGUCAAGGAGUUGGCCUCAGGUUCCAACUUGGAAAGCCAUGCACAAUGUGCAUGGUCUCUCCUCUGAGAUCUAAAGGGCACAGAGGUACGGAAGCCCCAGGGUGAGGACCUGACUCCCAUCGUGAGAGAACACAAGCGGGAACCUUCAGGAACCCAGGUUAGGAUAUGGUUUCUUCCCAUCUGCUCUCUUACCUUGUGGGUCCCUUCUGUUCUCAGCUUUCAUGUGGUAAACCAAGGAGGUAGAUAAGAUACCCCUCCAAAGACCCUCUGGCGCUCAUGUUUGUGUAUGCAGCUCCACUCUUCACACCAUAUUCUAAUGCAGGACGAGUCCUAAAUCUUAUCCCUUUCCCUUGCAAUAAUUUAUUCCCCGUAUGGACUAUCCUUCCCCCAAAGUUCCCACUCCCCCUGCCUGGCCCAGAUGAGCAGUGUGUCAGGCCUCUAAGGGAAGCUUGGGUCACAGGGCUGACUCACCUUCAUCUUCCCCUUAACUCCCUCUAGGGGAUGCUGCCCCUCUCCAGCCCCCAAAGUGCAUGUUGGUGGGGGUGGGGGUGUACGUCUUUGAAAUGAGUAGGAUACAGUGCCCACUCUCAAGUUAGGUUGAGAAAAGUUCCAGAGAUGUUUAAGAAAUUGAAUUAAGCUAGGUUCCUAACUUCAAGAAAUUCCCAUUAUACUCUUGUUUUUCUCUUUUGCUAAUUUACAGAAAAUAGACCUAUUUCAUCAUAGCGUCCUUCCCCCAUGUUCCCAUACAACUGCUUCAUUCUUUGUAGCUGCAGCUGGUUUCUCCAAGGCUCUAGCUUAAAGUCGAGAUAUUACUGUGGCUGUAAGCAACCUGGUGCUAUGGCCUGGAUAAGCCCUCCUUCUGCACCUUACUCCCAUGUUGCACCCUCAUCCCCGCUGAUGAGGCCCCUCAGGGGAGCAUAGCUCCUGGGGCUCCCCGGGGAGGAGGGGUCAUUCCCCUGCUCCUGCAAACCUGAACUGUUUUGUUUCAGCAGCAACAAAAUCAGCAUCAUCCCAUUGCCCCAUCUAGACUAUGUCUGCUUCCUCCAUUGCUCCCUGCAGCUGUAAACCAGAGGAAACUACAGUGGCUUUAACAGCAAACCCCCACACACAUACCACAUACACAAUGUGCUGGUUUCUCUUGGGUUUAAGGAAGCCCUCUCCUCCAUAUACAAGUUCAUUCUCUCAGUGCUGUUGGCAUAGCAUAUACAGGUGUGUAAGCAGGUGUACAUGUGCAGUCUGUACACAUAACUAUUUUUUCUUGAAGACCAUGUUAACUUUGCGAAACAACUUGCACAUUCCAACACGCUUCACAGCAGAGAAAAUAAAGUGAUAUGAAAAAUAUCCUGCUUGAACUUGACAAUGUAAACAGAUGAGAACAGUACCUUAAAGUCAUCUUGCCACCCCUCUCCCCCUGCCUCCCACCUCGCUUGCUCGGAGAAGACUGGUGGAGAAAGACACAAAACAGACACCAU